AUGACCAGCAAAGCAGGGAGACGGAAACUGCAGAAAUAUUUUCUGUUAAAUAGAAAUGAGAGGCCUCCCAGUGUGAAGAGGAGGCGAACUGCUUUCGCACGUUUGAGUGGACAGUGUGAAUUUGGCGCAGUGUCCACCAUCCGAAAGGAUCGAGUGGGUCCGUUGUCCAUCCUGUCCAUCCCUCCCGAGUUACUCGAUCACAUCAUCUGUGACCUGUCAGUGAGGGACGUGGUGAUGCUGGGACAGACCUGUCACUAUCUCCAUCAGUUCUGCAGCUCGGAUACCGUCUGGAAACGGAUCAGCAAGAAAUUAUCACCUCGUCUGACAGAGGGACCCUGCAACAACACCCACUGGAAACGGGCCUCCAUCCUCAACUAUACCAAAGGCCUGUAUUUCCAGACUUUCGGAGGCCGCAGGAAGACGGUGAGCCGGACUGUCGCCCCCCACCUAUCGCACGGAUAUCGCAAGUUCAUCCCCACCAAAGACAACGUCUUCAUCCUGGAUUACAUGGGAACCCUGUUCUUCCUGAAAAACGCACUGGUCUCCUCCACCCUGGGGCAGAUCCAGUGGAAACGGGCCUGUCGUUACGUGGUGCUGUGCCGGAACGUGAAGGACUUUGCGACUGACCCAAGGAAUGACACGAUAUAUCGGAAGUAUCUGUAUGUGCUGGGGACACGGGACAUCCCACCGUUGGUGACGCAAGAUACCAGUGAUACAGCCCACACGUGUGACUGUGUGGAGGUGUACCUGCAGUCCAGUGGGCAGCGGGUCUUCAAGAUGACCUUCCAUUCCUCAAUGCGUUUCAAGAAGAUCAAAUUAGUUGGCCAGGAGACGGAACGUUCACUGCUGCUUUUGACAGAUGACGGCAAGAUUUACAGUUUAACCAUCAACGAGACGCAACUGGACCAGCCGAGAUCCUACACUGUCCAACUGUCCACUCGCAAAAUCACCAAGUGUCUCCCUCACAUCACCAUCUCGGAGGUCCACUCCAACCAGAGCAGCGCUCUCUACAUCACAGAUUCAGGAGCAGUUUACCUGGAGGUUCACACGGCCGGAGUUUAUCGGGAUCUCUUCGGAACUCUCCACGCCUUUGAUCCAUUUGACCAACAAAUCCCCCUCGCUCUGGCCCUUUCAUCCAAGGUCACCAGCUGCUCUCUGGGAUACAACCAUCUCGGAUUGGUGGAUGAAUUCGGGCGGAUUUUCAUGCAAGGGAACAACAGAUACGGGCAACUGGGAACAGGAGACAAGAUCGACAGAGGAGAACCCACCCUGGUGCCGUACCUGAAAAGGCCUCUGGAUAUUUGGUGUGGCCUGAACCACUCGCUGGUGCUAUCACAAGGCAGUGACUACAGUAAAGAGAUACACGGCUGUGGGUGUGGGGCAGGAGGACGUCUCCCAGGGUUCCCCAAAGGCAGUGCCUUCUUUGUCAAACUCUACGUUCAGGUUCCACACUGUACCAAAGUGCUGUGCUCCACGCGGGAGUGUCUGUAUAUGUUGGCGUGCUAUGAUAUCAGUGAUGUGUUGGUGUUCCGGGAGCUUCCCUGUACUAAAGGUCGUUCACAGGGUCUCGACUCGGAGAUGGAGACCAGUCAGAUGUGUACCCAUUACCUGAAACAGCUGGAGAGCUGCUGUAACCUGGACGAGCAGAUUGACAAGAUGAAGGAGAUUAUUAACCAGAUGGGUCUGUGUGGAUACCAGAAAGACUUCCUCCAAGACGCCCUCAGCACCUUACAGCGUUCGACCGGUGUGUCCGUGGCUGUGACAACUCAGGACAGCAGCACACUGUGA